AUGCAAGGCACAACACCGAGCAGCAUCCUGUGGACCAUGUUAACGACGGAUAGAUUAUUACAAGAAAAUAAAGAAUUAGUAGAUUUGGUUGCAAAGCAUACGCUACCUCUUCAGCUUUGUAAUGGAACCCUUUCUGACGAUGUGCUGUAUAUCUACUCAGCUCAAGAUCAGAAAUUUUUUAUUACCUCACUUCGUUUAAUUGCCUUAUAUACUUCUAAGGCUCCUACAGAGAAGGCAUUGUUACGUCUUUGCAAGCAGAUUGGCUUUUUGAUGGAUCAAGAAAAUGAUUAUUUCGGGAAUUGUAUGAAACUCACGGAACGUGAACCUCUAAAGCAAUAUGUUCACAAAACGUUGCCUAAAGUCCAAAAUUAUCUUGAUUUCUUGAAUGAUAUGCCCUCAUCUCGCAAUUACCAACAAUGGGUGACACAUAUGUGGUGUGCCGAAUACGUUUAUUGGAGAUGGGCUCAUGAUCUACCAAGAGCUGAAAAUCUCGAAUGGAAACAUCAAGAGUGGAUAAGGCUUCAUGAUGGUGAUCACUUCGAAGAAUGGUGUCAAUUUCUGGCCUCUGAAGUAAAUAAAUACUCUUAUGAAGAGGUCAGUGGCAUCUUUAAAGAAACCUUAAAACUAGAAAAAGGCUUCUUCGAUGCAUGUGAAGAGGCAGCAAAAGCUACUAAAUAA